CGCGCCAACAAGACAAAUCCACCCAUGACCUUCUAAAUUCUCUCUCUCUCUCUCUCUCUCUCUCCCUCUCUCUCUAUAAAAAAUAUCAGAAAAACUGAUCACAACCCAGAAAAUUAAUAUUGGCAAAAUGGUCUUGAAAGACACUACUACUACGAAGAAGGAAAAAUAUGAGAACAAGAACAUGAUGAGAAAGGGGAAUAAUUUGUUCAUGUGUUUUAGACCGGUUGUGCUCGAACCGGACGGUUCGGGCAGGGAAAUCAACGAUCCGUUUCUCACGUACAUCGCCGUACAGAGGAACAAGGAAAGCGUUGUGUUUCCCAAAAAAGCGCUGUCGGAAAAAGACGACGAGAAAUCUUUGUCGUUCGAAGCAAUUAAGGAAGAGGAUUUUCCGGCCGGAAAGAAAAUUGGCGGCAGUCGUAGGUUUUCCCAUGUCUUGAAGGCAGUUUUGUUUGAAGCAUCCAUGGCUAGGAAGAUCAAGAAAGGAAAAUCAGAUAAAAAGUCAUCACAUUCAUUAAGCGAGAGUGCAAGGUACAGUUAUCAAAAGUCUUCACACAAAGACCAAUUUGAUUUUGAUUUUGGCUUUGGCCAAAGAAUUAUUUCACGUACCGCAUCUGCUUUAGCCACAUCUCCCUCUGCCUCAACGGCCACGAGUUAUUGUCCUUCAUGUUCGUCAUCCUUGGUCGCCAAACCGACGUCGUUUGCGUCAAACUCAACCGAGUCAAAGCCGACGUACGAAAAUGUUAAACAACAAUAUAGGCAAAGAGGGUAUGAUACUACUUGUAAGAGUGGUUUGUUCUUAAUGCUUAUUAGUCUCUUGGUCUUGGUCUUUUGGGGUAAGAUUUGUGCUAUUGUUUACACUUCGACGUGGUUUUGCUUCGUGGCUCGUUGGAUUAAUGUUAAGGUCAUGACCGAUUUGACUGAUCCGUCGGAGAAUUCGUCGGAGUGCAAGAGGAAGAUCGUCAUGGAAGGACUUCUGGCAAGGGAACGUGGGAGCUUCCCUUGUUAAUAGAAGUACGUGUGGAAUAAAUAAAAAAUAAAGGCAAGGUGUUUCUUAAGAAGUUGCCCCCAAAGCAAGAAGAUUAAUCAAUUGAUAAUAUUAUUAUUAAA